CUUUCUGCCACCGAAUGGAACAAAAAAUUUUGAUCCACGUUUAUAUUACUUUUUCCAAAUCUGAAAUUGUGGUCUGUGACAUUGCUCUACCGGGAUUUAUUCCAGACUAGCCAAUAUUGGAAGCAGUCACCUGAAACUGUGAUAUUAAAGGAAAGGGGAAGUAAACAUACUAUUUUACACUACCAACCUUUGAUGUUCAAAACGUGUAAAAUCAGAUUUAAAAUCAAUUAUAACUGAAGCUUUAUCAGAAUUUUUGCUUUUUCAUCAAAGUCAUUAAAAUAUUUAAUGUGAUUUGAUACAUCACAAUUUACAACCAUCUCAGUAAACUGUAUGGAUUCUUGCAAUGUUGCGCUUUUGUAUGUAGGUUCUCCAAGAGUAUAAUAUAGAAAACUGUCUUUUUAAUCACAAAAUAUGUGAUUUCUAUAUGAUAGCUUUUAAAAUAGUCAUAUAUUCACACUAAAACUUUAUAGUCUUUCAUCACUUUUUGCAGUUGAUGCUUUUUUUCAUUUGACGUAACUCUGUUGCCACAUUCUUUAUGCCAUAUAUAUGUGUAUUCUAUAUUAUGUUAUUAUGUAUUUCCAAUGAUUACUUGACUGAUUUUAUCCUAAAUAUUAUUCCAUGAUCAUUUUGUAUUUUUAAAAUGUUGUUUUUGAUUCAUAAGCUCCUAGGCUUUAUAGCGUUACUGUUAAAUUUGUAACAAGGAGAAUAUAAAGGGGCUACGGCUACUAUGGCAUGCUGUGGGCAAAAUGGUGCCAAACGAAAAGAAGACAUACAUGACAAUGUGAAAGAGUAUUAUGGUAAAACAUUGAAAUCAAAUGAGGAUCUCAAGACUACGGCUUGCGUCACUCCAAGCAUUAAAAUGAAGAAACAUGUAACAGAUGCUAUGAAACUUAUACAUGAUGAUGUCAUAAUGAAAUAUUAUGGUUGCGGUCUAGUUGUUCCUGAAUGCUUGCAUGGAAUGAAAAUAUUAGAUCUCGGUAGUGGAAGUGGAAGAGAUUGUUAUGCUCUUGCUAAACUUGUUGGUGAAGAUGGAUUCGUUACUGGUAUCGACAUGACAGAUGAACAGUUGGAAACUGCAAAUAAAUACAUUGAACAUCAUCGUGAUGUUUUUGGAUUCCAAAAAGCGAAUGUGAAAUUUGUAAAAGGAUAUAUUGAAAAUUUGAAAGAUGCUGGAAUUGAAGAUAAUUCUAUUGAUAUCAUAAUUUCUAAUUGUGUUAUCAACUUAUGCAAAGAUAAGAAAUCAGUUUUACAAGAAGCGUUCAGAGUUUUAAAAGAUGGUGGAGAAUUAUAUUUCAGUGAUAUUUAUGCUGAUCGGGAAUUAACAGAUGAAAUAAAAAAACACAAAGUGCUCUGGGGUGAAUGUAUAAGUGGGGCAUUGCAUUGGAAGCAUCUAUACUCUAUUGCUAAAGAAAUCGGAUUUGAAGUGCCAAGAACGGUUUCAGCGACAAUUGUAAAUGUUACAAAGCCAGAAUUAGAAUCGGUCGUAGAUGAAGACUUGUCUGACAGAAGUGAUGCCAAAUUUGUGUCUGUCACAUAUCGUUUGUUCAAGCUAUCGACCAAAGUUGAAAGAGAACCGAAAGAAGUUUUGUACAAUGGUGAAAUAAUUGGAUAUGAAGAUGAAAUUCAAUUUGAUCACAAAUUGAAGUUUGUUAAAGACACUCCUCAAACAAUAGAUGGUGACACAGCGGCCAUUUUACUUUCCUCAAGAUUUGAAGAUGAAUUCGAGAUGAAAAAAGCCAAGUGUUGUGCUAAUCCUUCAAAGAACGAAGAAAUCGACCCGUUUGUUUUAGCGUCUUCUGACAAAUCUACAAAUAAUCAAGGAAAUGGCGGCGGGUGCUGCCCUGGAUCACAAAAUUGCUGCUAAAUUGAAAAUUUUAAAUAAUUUUACAGUGUAUAUAUGAAUAGUUUGGUGCUGGAGAAUUCUGCUAUGUUAUUAUUUUGCUAAAGAAUUAUACUACAAACAUUUUUUCAAUUUUGAAUACCAGCAGUUGUGAAUAGAAGCAUACACAUUUAACGUGCCAAACAUGGCUAAUUUUGUUGGCCUAUUUUACAUCAAGUUGUGUAAAGAGACAGAAGCCUAUCGGCAGGGAGUAUAUUCAUUUGGCUAACACAGACAUUCCCCGAACUCGUAAUAGAACUAAAAUAGGGAAAAUUGCAAUAAAAAUUAUGGCCUAACCUUUACCUGGUACACACACUAUGGGAGUACCCCAAACAUUCUUUCAGAAAUUUGACAUAAAUUAUAGUUUCACUACAAAAAUGGAGAAUAAUGUGUAAAGAACAGCAGAUUAGAUUUUUUGAAAUUUAAACUAUUUCAUAUUUACAUUCUAAAUUAUGUCUAACAAUGGAAAUCAUAGUCGUUGACUUUUGUUUUCAACCCUCGUUUUCAUUUUUCUGAUAAUCUCGAGCAUUGCAUAUAAUUAACAAUUUAGGACAUUUAACUAACUAGUUAGAUUUCCCCCUUGGCUGAUAUGGAUUGGUUAUUCAGACGUCCACCAUGAGACUGAGGUCUUAGUUGUUUUAUGAUUUUUUUUAUUAUUAAAUGAUCCUGUAAUCAUAGUUGCAGUCUGCCGGGAUAAAUCUGGAAAAUCCUAUUUUUUAUCCUCGAAGUUUCAAUGUGCAAUUGACAAUUCAUCCUGACCAUGGCUGCAGAGCCAGCUGUUACAAACUUUAAACAUGUGCUUGCCCAAGCAUUUUUGCUGUGUAUUUUACAUUUAAACUUCCAUGGUAUAUAGUUAAGAUUUUAUUUGAAAAUCGCAUUUGUAUAAAUCUGCUAUUUUCCAUACUAGGCUGCAUCUGCUAAUAAAAUAUAUGCACAUAAACACC